CUUCCGGCAGCGGCGGCCGCAGCCUCGCUCUGGUUCCUGCGGCUGGCGGCCGAGCGGUGUGUCUCCUCCUCCGUCGCCGCCAUAUUGUCUGUGUGAGGAGAGGGGAGAGCGGCCACCGCCGCUGCCGCUGCCACCACAGUUUGAAGAAAGCAGGUCUGAAACAAAGUCUAACCCCCAGCUGCCUCUCAACACGGUGACUGCCAGAUCUCCAAACAUCAAGUUUAGCUUUGUCCGCCAACCUGUCUGACAUGUCGGGACCCGUGCCAAGCAGGGCCAGAGUUUACACAGAUGUUAAUACACACAGACCCCGAGAAUACUGGGAUUACGAGUCACAUGUGGUGGAAUGGGGAAAUCAAGAUGACUACCAGCUAGUCCGAAAAUUAGGCCGGGGUAAAUACAGUGAAGUAUUUGAAGCCAUCAACAUAACAAAUAAUGAAAAAGUUGUUGUUAAAAUUCUCAAGCCAGUGAAAAAGAAGAAAAUCAAGCGUGAAAUAAAGAUCUUGGAAAAUUUGCGAGGUGGCCCUAACAUCAUUACAUUGGCAGACAUUGUAAAAGACCCUGUGUCACGAACCCCUGCCUUGGUUUUUGAACACGUAAACAACACAGACUUCAAGCAAUUGUACCAGACAUUAACAGACUAUGAUAUUCGAUUUUAUAUGUAUGAGAUUCUGAAGGCCUUGGAUUACUGUCACAGCAUGGGAAUUAUGCACAGAGAUGUGAAGCCCCAUAAUGUAAUGAUUGAUCAUGAACACAGAAAGUUACGACUAAUAGACUGGGGGUUGGCUGAAUUUUACCAUCCUGGCCAAGAAUACAAUGUUCGCGUUGCUUCCCGAUACUUCAAAGGUCCUGAACUUCUUGUAGACUAUCAGAUGUAUGAUUAUAGUUUGGAUAUGUGGAGCUUGGGUUGUAUGCUGGCCAGUAUGAUCUUUCGGAAGGAGCCAUUUUUCCACGGACAUGAUAAUUAUGAUCAGUUGGUGAGGAUAGCCAAAGUUCUGGGGACUGAAGAUUUAUAUGACUAUAUUGACAAAUACAACAUUGAAUUAGAUCCACGUUUCAAUGAUAUUUUGGGCAGGCACUCCCGUAAGCGAUGGGAGCGCUUUGUCCACAGUGAAAACCAGCAUCUUGUCAGCCCAGAGGCCUUGGAUUUCCUGGAUAAGCUGCUACGAUAUGACCAUCAGUCACGGCUCACUGCAAGAGAGGCCAUGGAGCACCCCUAUUUCUACACUGUCGUGAAGGACCAGGCUCGAAUGGGUUCAUCUAGCAUGGCAGGAGGCAGUACGCCGGUCAGCAGCGCCAAUAUGAUGUCAGGGAUUUCUUCAGUGCCAACCCCUUCACCCCUUGGACCUCUGGCAGGCUCACCAGUGAUUGCUGCUGCCAACCCCUUGGGAUGCCUGUUCCAGCCGCCGCUGGCGCUCAGCAGUAAUGGCCCCUUCGUUUCUCCUGAUGCCUGAGCAGAGGUGGGAGGGAGUCCACUCUCUCCUUGAUGCAGCUUGCGCCUGGCGGAGAGGGGUGAAAUACUUCAGAAGCACCGUGUCUGAACCGUUGCUUGUGGAUUUAUAGUAGUUCAGUCAUUUAAAAAAAUUAUAAUAGGCUAAUUAUCUCUCCCUGCCCCCCUUUUUUUUAACUCGAACUUUUCAUAACUCAGGGGAUUCCCUGAAAAAUUAACUUGCAGGUGGAAUAUUUCACGGACAGAUUUUUCUCUCCCCUUCCAAAUUCAGUUCCUUAUCACUAAAAACAAAGGCAAACCAGUCCCGAUCCCAACUGCUGCUUCCGGGUAGAGACUUCUUCCCAUGCCCAUUGCUCCCCCACUGUUCCAUGGUCUGAGGGUUUGUCUCUCAUGCUCUUCUCCAGAGAUUACAAAACUGGAGCUGCUCAAGGGAGGUUGGGAGGAACAAAAAGAAGGGGAGGACCCAACCUAUCAGAGCAGUGUCCUGCUAAUCACUCUCACUUUACUCCAGAAGUGCUUCAGUGGGGUUAUCCUGGCAAACCUGGUGGAUAUCUGUGUUUCAUUGAGAUGCUAAAAGUCUACCCAAAGUGCAGACAGAUCCUGAAAACUUGUUAGGUAUGAAUCAUGUCUUACUGACCUAGCCCUCAAUCCUCCUCCUCACUGAUGAUUUGAGUUUCCAUUUAAAUUUUUACUAUUUUUUUUCUCCCACGCUUCUUGCCAUGGUCUUUUUUUGCCCCUUAGAUCUCUUGACAUGCUCUAUAGCAGAUAGGAGGGGGGGAAGGCAAAAUUUUUUCUGUUUUGAUUGGCCAUUUUGAAUUCAGUUAGUUACUGGGUAUAACUUAAUGCCUUUUAUGAAAGAAACAAGUAUAGCGUGUAAAUGCUAGCCACUUUUUGAAGAGAGCUAUUGGGAGAUGUGGCCACACUGAUUUCUUUUAAGCUUUCUGCAUACUUUUCUUCCUGCCUUUCCCUUCCCUCACUUGCCAUCCAGUGAGAAGGCCUGCCCCUCACUCUGAUAAGUGUAUCUGAGAGGUAGAAGCAGAGCUGCUAUCUCCAGUGAAUCUGAAAUGGUAGACCUGUAAUUGUGGGGAAAUGAUAAACUCUCUUGUUACAGCCCUGCCAUCCCUUGCUGUGUGUAUAUAUAAUACUUUGUUAUUCAUAUGUGAAAGACCCAGUGUUGGAAUUCUUUGGUGUAAAUAAACGUUUGGUUUUAUUUAUCAAGGUUAGGUUUAAGUUCCCUCUGUAAAGGUCUCGCUGGGUGGGUUUCUCAUGUUCGCAUCUGAGGGGCCUACAGCCCAGUACCGUGGAGGCUUCCUAAGGCCCCUAUUUUUAUACACCCUUCGUUCAAUCCAUGGUACUGGGCAGGGCAGAGAGGCCUUAAAAAAGCACCACAAGCCAAAGCGUCUCUGGGGAUUAAGGAUCCUUUGCCAUAAAACUCGUUUUGUCUCUCAGCAGUGCAGGGAUUGGGGGUUGGGGGUGGGAAAAGUCGCCAGUUUUGUGUGUUUAUGUGUAUGUAAAGUGGAUUUUCCACUGUAAUCCAACCACCUAAGUUUAUCAGGUGCUUCACUGAGGAAGCCUAGUUUUUUAAGCACAAUAGCAAAACCAUCAGCUCUGUAUUUUCUCCUUUUAUUUCAUUGCAGUAGCUGCUUAUGGGGACUAGGAAAAAUUCUUCCAACGUGUUUUGAAGUCUAACAUCUUAGUUCCCCAUUCUGACUUAAUAGAUUCACAAGCCCUUCUCACCUGGCGUCAUAAAAAUAAUUGUUUGAGGAAUUGAACUUAAUGAACCUUAACUGUGUAACCCAUCUUGGCUUUAGUAAUAAUUCUUAUCAAGGUGGUGGCUUUGGUGAAAAUAAUGGCAAAUUUAAGAGGAAGCUGUAGCCUCCUGUAGGGAAAACUGAAGGGAAAACAUUUGGACUGUGUGGCAGGGUUUUUUUUUUUUUUCCUUGUGGCCACUGACAGAGGGUAUUUAUUGUUCUUGACCCUUUUUGCCCUAGAAUGCUGUGAGGGUUAUGUUGAAUUUGUGCAAAAGCUAAAAGCACCAGAUGUGCCAGAGAUGCAAUUUGUGAUAACAUUUGCACUGGAUUGUGAUUUGAACAGAACACUUACAACUAAUGAAUUACUUCUCUUAAGGUGGGGAGAAGGGUUUAAAUCGAGACUUCAGAUCCUACCAUUGUAGCUCAGAGAAUUUAGGUGUAGCUGGGACUGAUGUGGGGAAACGCUUCAGACCUUGCAAGAAACUGAAGGUGAAUGAAUGCAGAGGACUCUGAAAUGCCACCCGGGAGCCUUUUAAAAUAAAAUGAAAGUUUUUUUAAAAUGCUACUUAAGGAGUCACUGCAGAAGCAUGAAAAAGCAAAAGAAAACAACAAUGGAGGGGGUGGGGGGCAAGGGUUUACAGAGUAACAACUUCUGUGUUGUAAAUUACCUCAUCUGUAUACCUUGUAUUGGGACACUUUCUCAGCACUUCAGAUGGCUGGAACCGGAUUGUCACUAUUAGACAGUUCCAUUGGCAAUUACUCAGAAAGUUUUUUAAAGUAUUUUUUAACUUUGUUUGAAGUAGGGCACCUAACUUUUUUUUUUCCAAGUUUGAAGUCAGACAUUCCCUUCACCCCACCCCUUGAUUUAUUGGUUGUAAUUGUAUUGUAAUUGGUAUAACUAAAACAACUGUGCUGGGAAGAAGUUGUGCCAUGAAGGUCUUUAAUUUUUUUUUUUUUAAUAAAAACAUUUAAACAAAUUAAAUGUC